CCGAAAAGCGAAGCGUGGAGUUCAGAAAAACUACGAGGGAGUUGUGUGGGAUCACGGAAGAAUCGCCAAAUAAAGUCUUCGUCACGCAGGACUAUGCCAUCCUACGCACUCAAUCAGUUUAUUGAUCUGGAUGAUGUCCUGUGCAAGCACCUUUUAAAUCUUGACCUUCGAGAGCCAAUGCAACCCUCACACACCGCUGCUGUUGGAUAUAGGAAGCCUGACAGUCCCUGCACACUUUCCUCCACCAGUUCAGGACUUUCUAUUGACAGCAUUGAGAGUGGAACCAUGAACUCAAGCCACUGGGCCCCCCAGAAAGUAUCGUCUCGGUCAAAGUGGAGCAAGAUGUCCUUUUGGUCCGAGCGCUCUGUUAGCAUGGUGGAGGGCAACACUGGAAGUCUGGGUUGGUCUUCUGCUGAACCCGGCCAUUUAAAGCAGUCUUCUGUCACGUCAGGUGCCGUUUCCCUCUCCGGCUCAACGUCUCCGUUCUCUGCGGCCUCAUCGCGCUACAAGACCGAGCUGUGCCGCACGUUCGCCGAAAGAGGCGUGUGCAAGUACGGCGGCAAGUGUCAAUUUGCGCACGGCCCUGAAGAACUACAAGACCUCAGCCGUCACCCGAAAUACAAGACUGAACCCUGCCGCACUUUCCACUCCAUUGGCUUCUGCCCCUACGGCAUCCGCUGCCAUUUCGUGCACAAUGCCGAAGACGAUCACAUGCAAUCCCUACCCCAGACCUGCAACCCGACUGUCCAACGGCCUCCCCUCCUCAAGCAGAGUUUCAGCUUCGCCGGGUUUCCCACAACUCCCCAACCUCUAGAAGCCCCCCUAGCGCCUUCCUCGUUCCUGUGCGCACCUUCUGUUUCGACUCCGACGUCGACCGUCAUGUCUGACCUUCUCUCCCUGGCCUUUCCCGAUAUAGACCCCAACACCCUUCUGGACCAGGCCCGAGAGUUGCACCCUCAAUUUCUGCCGUCUCCUGACUCUGGCUACUCAGGACUGACUCCCACUUUGUCGCCCACCCAGCUCGCUCCUUCCCAGCCCGAGGUCUGCUUGCGACAGAGUCCCACUGGCGGGCCUUCCCUAGGCCUCCGAAGUCUAUCCCACACCUCUCUCUCAGACCACGAGGGUGGCAGCUGCUCUUCAUCCAGCAGUAUGAGCGGCUCGGAGUCCUCCUUUGGACCCGAAGCCAGCGGGCGCAGGCUUCCCAUCUUCAGCCAGCUUUCGGUACCCGAUGACAGCGUCUACAACGAAGGCAGCAACUCCGGCACAAGCUUCUUCCUGUAGACUUGUCGCUCCUCACGGGGACUGAACUGUAUACUGUGGUAUACCUACUGUAUUAUGUGGCCGAUACUUGACAUUUUAGUUAAGCUCGGAGUGAAACCUACUGUUUGAAGGUACUGGAUGUUGAAAGUGUUCUUUAAGUGGGGUUUCAUGUACUUUUAAGUGGAGCGAUUCACCAUGUUAUAUUGUUUUGAUAAUUGAAAAGACAAGUGGGGAAAAGAAUUAACUUGAAAACCUG